AUGAGUGAAGAAGAUCUAGCGAUGUUCGAGGGAUCGGAAUUUGAGAUUAGAACAACCUACCCCGCCGAGGAGAGCUACGAGAGUAGUAAUAAAUAUAACGACCUGUCACCAGUGACAGACGUGGUGUCGGUAUUGCACGUAUCUAAGAAAAUCAUCAUGGCUGUAAUUACUUCAAAAACCACUGUGCAUCUGCGCACAGACCGAUCAAUCACGCAGUUGAUGUUGGAAAAUGCAUCAAACACAGAUCCAACAAAAGUUAUUUGCGAAGAUACCUUGACCGGCAAGACCUUCACCUACGGUGGACUACGGGAUGAUGCGUUCAAGGCAGCUCAUUCUUUGCGGCAUGGAUACGGCAUCGCACCUGGAGACGUUGUCACGAUUAUAUCUAGAAGCACCGUUGACUAUAUCCUGGCGGCGCAUGCCAUAUGGUCUGCAGGGGCAGUCGUGAGCACGAUCAAUCAUUCGUCCACGCCCAAAGAGCUAGUACAUGCAUUGAGAAUUUUAAAACCCAAAGUCAUUAUCGUAGAUGUUGCGGUACUCAACAAGCUGCAUGGGGCUCUUACUACCCUCGACAUGAAUUCCUCGGUCACCAUCUUCACACUGAUUCAGCGAGAAGCCAACUAUCCAUUGUUCCCGGAGGACCUCGUCAAAUCUUGUCGAAUUGAGUCGGAGGCAUAUGUGCUGGAUGGGAAGGAUGCGCGCAAAUCAUGCGCCGCCAUCGUUCUUUCGAGUGGGACAACAGGUCUUCAAAAGGCUGUGAUGCUUUCCCAUCACAAUCUGGUGGCUAUUUGCGAGCAACUACGAGCCCAUAACCCAGACAACUGGCGAGGUAGCAUGCGAGAGGUGUUUUUUCCGCCUCUAUCGCAUAUAUACGGGCUUUAUGUCUGUGCACUCCUUGGUCCAUGGCUGGGUUACUACGUGUGUUUGUUACCGGCCUUUGACCUUGAGACAUUUUGUCGGCUUCUGCAAGAGAAGCGAGCUACGUUGGCUAGAUUGGUGCCUCCCGUGGCACUUGCGCUUGCAGAGUCUCCAAUCACAGAGAAAUAUAGGUACGACGACCUGGAAUAUUUCUCAUGUUCCGCAGCACCACUCAAGCCGUUGGUUGCAACGAAACUUCGAACCAAGUUUCCCGGUGUCAGUCUUUGCCAAACUUAUGGCUGCACCGAGCUCUCGUCUUGCGUCUCUCAGAGUGGUGUCAGAGAUAAAAACGCGCCCCUUGUUGCUACCGGGACUCUUCUUGCAAACAUGAAAGUUCGAUUUAUUGAUGAAAAUGGAAAAGACGUCUCUCCUCCAAAUGCAGGAGAGAUCUGCGUGUCAUCUCCCACAAUUAUGAUGGGUUACAAAGAUGACCCAAAGGCAACUGAAGAUGCUAUGCUAGAACCAGGGUGGUAUAGGACCGGCGAUAUAGGUUAUCUAAAUUCGGAAGGAUUUCUGAUUAUCGUUGAUCGAAUCAAAGAUGUGAUCAAGUAUAAGGGAUUUCAAGUGAGCCCUACCGAGUUAGAAGAGAUUAUUGGGCAGCAUCCAAUUGUUGCCGAUGCUGCUGUAACAUCUGUAUGGGAUGACACAGAAGCAACGGAGAUUCCUCAAGCAUUUGUGAUUCCAAAGGUAAAAGUCUUUUCCUCGGAGCGUGAAAAGCUAUCACAGGAAAUUCAGAAAAUGGUGGCAUCUAAGGUUUCUGGCUACAAAAGGCUGCGCGGCGGUGUUUUAUUUGUUGACCAGUUGCCACGAAACCCGACGGGCAAGUUGCUAAGGAGAGAGCUGCGCAGUCUGGCAAGACUGAAGGCGCAUAUCUAG